UACACACUGUAAGUAAAUAAAAUCGAAAUUUAGACAAGACAUCAUGGGUGGGGUAACAUCGUUACUAAUGUUGCUAUGUCUCUUCGCAGGGGCUAUGUCCCCUGUGAAGGGUGAAGACCCUUACUUCUUUUUCACAUGGAAUGUCACCUAUGGCACCCUUUCUCCAGCCGGUGUGCCCCAGCAGGUUAUUCUAAUCAACAAUGAAUUCCCUGGACCCAACAUAAAUUCCACCAGCAACAAUAAUAUCGUCGUCAAUGUCUUCAACAACCUUGACGAGCCCUUGCUUUUCCAUUGGGCGGGAGUCCAGCAAAGGAAGAAUAGUUGGGAAGAUGGUGUUGCCGGCACCAAUUGCCCUAUCCAACCAGGCACAAACUACACGUACCACUUCCAGGUGAAGGACCAAAUCGGUAGCUUCUUCUACUACCCUAGCCUAGGGUUGCAGCGUGCUGCCGGAGGCUUCGGCGGCCUCCGCAUCAACAGCCGCCUCCUCAUCCCAGUCCCCUAUGCUGAUCCCGAGGAUGACUACACCGUCCUCGCCGGCGACUGGUUCACAAAGAGCCACUCAACCCUCCGCAAGCUGCUCGACGGUGGCCGCUCCCUCGGUCGUCCCCAGGCCGUCCUAUUGAACGGCCAGAAUGCCAAGGGCGACGGCACCGACAAGCCCCUCUUCACCAUGAUCCCCGGCAAGACCUACAAGUACAGAAUCUGCAACGUGGGCCUCAAGAACACCAUCAACUUCAGAAUCCAAAACCACCCCAUGAAGCUCGUUGAAAUGGAAGGGUCCCACACUGUGCAAAACACCUACAACUCCCUCGACGUACACCUGGGCCAAUGCUUCGGCGUCCUCGUAACCGCCAACCAGGAACCAAAAGACUACUACAUGGUCGCCUCCACACGCUUCACCAAAUCCAUUCUCACCGGAAAGGGAAUCAUGCGUUACACCACCGGAAAGGCCCCGCCGAGCCCGGAAAUCCCCGAGGCCCCCGUGGGCUGGGCCUGGUCGCUGAACCAGUUCCGCUCCUUCCGCUGGAACCUAACGGCCUCUGCAGCCCGGCCCAACCCACAGGGCUCGUACCAUUACGGCCAGGUUAACAUCACCCGCACUGUGAAGUUCAUUAACUCUGUUAGCAGGGAUAGUGGGAAGCUCCGUUACGCUAUUAACGGCGUUUCUCAUGUUGAUGGGGAAACCCCAAUUAAGCUCGCUGAGUACUUUGGAGUUCCUGAGAAGGUGUUUAAGUACGACAUUAUUUCCGAUAACCCGUCGCAAGACGUUGGAAAAAAUGUUGUUUUGCAGCCCAAUGUUAUCAGAUUCAAACACCGCACCUUCAUCGAGAUCAUCUUCGAGAACCCCGAGAAGAGCGUUCAGUCCUACCAUUUGAAUGGUUAUGCAUUCUUCGCAGUCGCGAUUGAGCCUGGGACUUGGACUCCAGAGAAGAGGAAAAACUACAACCUUCUUGAUGCAGUGAGCAGACACACAAUGCCAGUGUUCCCGAAAUCGUGGGCGGCGAUUCUGUUAUCAUUCGAUAACGUUGGGGUGUGGAACUUGAGGUCCGAGCUUGCUGAGAAUCGCUACUUGGGACAACAAUUGUACAUCAGUGUUCUAACUCCUGAGCGUUCUCUGAGGGACGAGUACAACAUCCCGGAGUACGCGUUGCUUUGUGGCGUAGUGAAGGGUCUGCCAAAGCCAGAGCCAUAUCACUGAUGUUGGGCCACUAUGAAGGGACUAUAGACUAUAUAUAUAUAUAUACAUAUAUAUAUAUAUGCCAUCAGAACGUGGAGUUCUUUGUGUGGUGAUCUUUUUUUAUAUGGAAUAGUAGAGAAGAAGAAUAAUAACGUAGGGCCUUGGGGCAUCCAAUUUGUUGACCGGAUUGUGGUCAACUCGUUUAGAAAUAUAAGUAAUUUGUUCUUGUUUCUUGUUUGUGGGUGCAUGAAUCCUACAAUUUUACAUUUAAAAAAAUUGUACUACUUUUUU